CCGGUCACGCCUCGUACAUCCUUUCUUCUUAACCCUGCAUGCGGAUUUGGGUACCGGCUAACGAAACCACGCUGCAAACAUGAUGGGGCGACCGGUUCUUGUGCUUAGCCAGAAUAUGAAGAGAGAGUCUGGAAGGAAGGUCCAGACAGGAAAUAUUAAUGCAGCUAAGACCAUAGCAGAUGUAAUCAGGACAUGUCUGGGACCAAGAGCUAUGAUGAAGAUGCUGCUGGACCCUAUGGGAGGUAUUGUCAUGACCAACGAUGGCAACGCCAUCCUGAGAGAGAUCCAAGUGCAGCACCCUGCUGCCAAGUCCAUGAUCGAGAUCAGCCGCACCCAGGACGAGGAGGUGGGGGACGGCACGACCUCCGUCAUUAUCCUGGCCGGAGAGAUGCUGUCAGUGGCAGAGCAGUUCCUGGAGCAGCAGAUGCAUCCUACAGUGGUGAUCAGUGCUUACAGGCAGGCUCUAGACGACAUGCUCAACAUGCUCAAAGAGAUCAGCAUGCCAGUGGACGCGAACGAUCGAGACAUGAUGCUGAAGAUCAUUAACUCGGCUAUCAACACCAAGGCGCUGAGCCGCUGGUCCAGCCUGGCCUGUAACAUCGCCCUGGAUGCGGUGCGCACCGUAGAGAUGGAGGAGAAUGGCCGCACAGAGAUUGAUAUUAAGAAGUACGCCAAAGUGGAGAAGGUGCCUGGUGGAAUCAUCGAAGACUCCUGUGUACUGAAGGGGGUGAUGGUAAAUAAGGAUGUAACACACCCUCGUAUGCGGCGUCUCAUCAAAAACCCUCGAAUUAUACUGCUUGACUGCUCCCUUGAGUACAAGAAAGGCGAGAGCCAGACGGAUAUCGAGAUAACCCGUGAGGAAGACUUUGCGAGAAUCUUGCAAAUGGAGGAAGAGUAUAUCCAGCAAAUCUGUGAGGACAUCAUCCGCCUCAAACCCGACCUGAUCUUCACUGAAAAGGGAAUCUCAGAUCUUGCUCAGCACUAUCUGAUGAAGGCCAACAUCACUGCAAUCCGUCGUGUCAGAAAGACGGACAACAAUCGCAUUGCCAGAGCUUGUGGGGCACGCAUUGCCAGCAGGACAGAUGAGUUGCGUGAGGAAGACGUGGGAACAGGAGCAGGUCUGUUUGAGGUGAAGAAGAUCGGUGAUGAGUAUUUCACCUUUGUCACCGAGUGCAAAGACCCUAAGGCCUGCACCAUCCUGCUGAGAGGAGCAAGCAAGGAGAUCCUGGCGGAGGUGGAACGGAACCUUCAGGAUGCCAUGCAGGUGUGCCGCAAUGUGCUCCUGGAGCCGUGCCUGUUGCCGGGCGGUGGCGCCGUGGAAAUGGCCGUGUCGCACAGGCUGAUGGAGCGCUCGCGCGCCCUCACUGGCGUGGAGCAGUGGCCGUACCGCGCCGUCGCCCAAGCCUUGGAGGUCAUCCCUCGCACCCUCAUCCAGAACUGCGGAGCCUCCACCAUCCGCGUGCUCACGUCCCUCAGGGCGAAGCACACCCAGGAGGGCAGCACCUCAUGGGGCGUGAACGGAGAGACGGGCGCUUUGGAAGACAUGGCAGAGUUGGGCAUCUGGGAGCCGCUGGCUGUCAAAGCCCAGACAUACAAGACUGCAGUGGAGACGGCCAUUCUGCUCCUGCGUAUUGAUGACAUUGUGUCUGGGCAUAAGAAAAAGGGGGACGAGCAGACGGGAGGAGGUCAAGGAGCUGAGUAAAGGGAGGUGAUGUGCGAGGGGCUAAAGACAUGGGAGUGAGAAACACCAAAGGAGAGGGAACUGUCUAGGCUGGUUUGUGAUGGACUGUUGUCUUUGUUACCACAGUCUGUGACUUGUGUUGUGCUAGGCUUUGCUCACGUAAAGCUCCAGUAGGCUCGUGUUGUUUUCUAUGCCUUUGCAAAGAAAAAUCAAGCAGGAUGUUUAGAUUUGUGUUAACAUCUGAAUGUGUAUGACUACCCUGAUGCUUCACUCCGUAGCUGUUUGCUGGGAUUGUUGACUUUUAUUUGCUACUGUGAUAAAUUUCACUAUAUAA